CAAUGGCCGACGUUAGAAGCCACGGAUGUUUCGACUGACGGAAUUAUAGUGUAUUAAAUAGUUAAAAAUGGGUUAAUACAAGAGUAGCUUGGUUUAUUUAUAAAUUUAUCACAUUAGAUUUCGUUUGUGAUCCCUGUGUGUGCGUUUUUGGUUUCUGAAAGUUUUAAAUUAACCGAAAAAUUGACUAAAAAUAUCCAGGUGUUUUGACAUGUCAAACUUGUUUACUUUUCGUAAUUUGGUGUGAAAAUUGUGCAAAGAUUUUAUAAUGGCAUCAAAGUGUAGAAAAUUUGUGCCGAAUAUUUUCAACAAGUUAAAAUGUCAGACAUGUUUCGGAUCGAAAGAGCAACAUUCAGCAGAGGCUUUGGAGAAUAACAAGGCUUCCCGGAAAGUGUCUAAGUGUGGCUACCUGUUUGUCGCCCCCGGGUAUGACUUCACCAACCCACUGGACAAAACAAGGCGCUGGCAGAGACGAUUCUUUGUACUAUACGAUGACGGGGAGCUGGCAUAUUCGGUGGAUGAAAAUCCUGACACAGUCCCCCAGGGCGUGGUUGACAUGAACAAGUGUACGGAUGUGAAGGAUGCAAGCGGCUCCACUUCGCACCAGAAUUCCCUCGCCAUCAUCAUUCCAGACAAGACAACCUACAUCAAGGCAAACUCUAAGGAGGAAAUUCAGUGGUGGACAAAGGUUCUGAAGAAAUUUCCAGAAUCCAACUGCAUUACGGGCUCAAAGAAGAGAUAUCACCAUGACAAUAAAGAGAAUAUCGACACGUCAAACAUACAAAAUAAACGACCGAAGUCUGAGAACCCCUCCGAUAGUUCAGAUGGGGGUGAGGGCUCAAGUGGGAGAUUUGACGGGGAGAAGGUCAAAGGCAAGGAUCAGCCUUUCUCCACGUACCGCGGCGUGCGCAGCAUGAAACAUACAAAGGAGAACAAGCACUAUCAAGAUGGGCUUCGUAAGAGUAGCAGUCUACACGACCUAUCGACCGAGGAGCGGGAGUCAGGAAUGCUAGACAACUCCCGAUUUCUGAGUCGAUCUGGUGAUCGGUUAGACAAGGAGGAUCAUGAAAUGUUCCCAGAUGGUGCGCGAAUGCUAGCAGGGUAUGGGAACAAUCCAUACAUAAAUGGUCGAAAUCCAACCUGGAAACCCCCUUUAGGCUCCAAGUCAGGCCAACCUGUCAAAAAUCAAACAUCAUCUUCCAAUACAUCCAUAGCAUCUUCAGGAUCUACCUCAGAAAAGUCUUCCUCACAGAGACGAGGCUCGUUUGACGAUAAGUCCCUCCCAUCUGGGAAGGGCAGGAAUCCCAGUGAGCGUGCACGCUUGCACCGGGAGAGAUCAGCAAGCAUGAAAUCUUUCCCGACUGGCCUCACCCUUCCCAAGAUUCCCAGCAUGAGUGUGGACCACCUUUCGGCCAGGAGUGAGUCCACGAGCGCUGCUGAUGGGGGACAUACAAAUGAAAAUGAGACUGAUGAACAUAAGAUGGCGAAGUCUAGCGAGUUGCAGUCGGUGCCAAGGUCAACCCCACCCCCUCCUAGCCCCACCCGAACCUCUGGUGCCACCCCUGGGACGAAGUUUGAGAGCUCAUCUGAACACCCCGCCCACAAUAGGCUAACCCUCGAAUCCCCCGACCGAGACCAGGAUUUGAUGUACAUGAAAAAAGGCUGGCUCAUCAAAAUGGGUACAUCAGAAAAGGACUGGAAGAAACACUGGUUCGUGUUGACGGGAAACUCCCUCCGCUACUAUAAGGAUGCCAAGGCGGAGGAGACCAACGCCCUCGAUGGCAGGAUCGACCUCUCCAGUUGUUAUGAGAUCACGGAUGUUCAGAUCCAACGAAAUUAUGGCUUUAAGAUAAAGACGAGAAAUGGUGAAUACAUUCUCUCAGCCAUGACGUCUGGUAUCCGUAGCAACUGGAUGAAGGCAAUACGUCUGUGUAUGGACCUUCAAAACACCAACAAAAACAAGGAUUCCAAGACGUCAGAAUUGUCGGCAUCAAGUUCCUCAAUUCGGACCGGUGAUGAUAUGGAGAUUGAUACAUCGUCAACUGCCUCGUCGAGAACGAGUGACAGUGGUAGACCAGAAAAGAAAGAAUUUAUAAGGAACAAGAGACGGCAUUACUCAGAUGUUAAUCCGGGGAAUAUCAGUAAAAUGUUUUCAGUUAAGGGGUUGACAUUAGAUAAUAGCAAGCCUCUAGCUCAGUCUGUGUCAAGUCAAUCAUCCAUUACGUCCUCAAAGGAGUCGUCAGUUGAGCGGGAAAUGCACCCAGAGUUAUCCCUACCUCCUCACAUGGACUUGGCUACAAACUCAAAACAAACCAAGUAUGACGUUUAUGCUUGGUCAGGUGCUGCUGGGGGGAACAUUCCAUUUAGACGAUUUGUGGAAGGUAGCGAUGGUCAGGUGACCAGCUCGUCCUCCUCUCUUGACCAAUCAGCAAAGUCGUCUGCGGAUAAAAAUGAUGAGGAAGAGAGAAAGCGCCGAGCAAAGUCACCCAGCGCCAAAAUUAAAGAGAGAUCACGUGCAAAGUCUCCGAAGCUACACUCUCCACCUCCAGAGCCCGAGGAGGAGCAUAAGUUCACGUACCACACUGGGGCAGCCGCAGACAUUGACAAAAUGUCCGUUAGCAGUAAUGAAGACAUGGCAUACAAUGACAUGGAUGACAAUGAUAAUCUUGAUGGUGAUGACAAUCUUCCAACUGCAAUGUCAUCCGCAGGGGAGGGAAUGCUGGUUGACCUACUGGAAAAUGAGGUGGAAUCACUCAAGGAGCGCCUCGAGCACACGCAGCAGGAGUUGGUUAAGUCCCACGACUCUAACCGCGACCUCAAAACCAAGUUGCAGACGGUCGUCCGAGAAAAAGACCCCUCACAGUUGGGCAACAUGAAGAGGCAACUCAAGGAUGCGAAGGACAUGGUGAUACGACAGAAGACAGACAUCGACCAGCUGAAGUCCAAACUGGACAUGUCCAACUCCAAACUAGCUGGAACAGAGAAAGCCCUUUCUGAAGCUCUAAAAGAUGUCAAGUCUGAGAAGGAUAAGUUUUUGAAAGUAUCGACUGAGUAUAAUAAGAAAGUCCGUAAUUUGGAAAACCAGCUUAGGGAUGUUACUCAGAAGAUGGAGAAGUACCAUGAGAAUUCCCUUAUUAAAGAUAAGGAGAAUAGAAAGUUGGAUCUGGAUCUUAAGCAAUCACAACAGAAGAACAGAGAUCACGAAAGGGAGAUCCUUAAGUUGAAAGCUGUUGAACAUGAGUACAGGCAAACAAAAGAAAAGUUAGAUGAAACUGAGAAAAGAGCUGCUCGAUUGAGGGAAGAGAUAAAGGAGAAAGAUGAUGAGAUGAAAAAAUUGGAAAUGGCUUUUGAUGAGCAGUAUGAGAACCUGAUGCAUGACUUUACUAAAGAAAGGGAUGAUACUGAGCACCAUGUAGAAGAAUUAAAGGCUCAAUUGUUAAGAGCACAAGAAAAAUCCUCUAUGUCAGAUCAAGUUUCUAGUGAUGUAGCCGACAUGCUCAGAGAUAAGGAUGAAAUUAUUGCUCAGCUUGAAGAGAAGGUCAUUGAGAGUGAAACUAAACUUGUUGAACUAACAGAUGAAGUAAAGGCUGAUGAAGAUGAAAACUCUGAGCUGCAACACAAUCUCGAAAGGUUAGCAGAAGAAAGAGACCUGUCUGCAAAUAACCUGAAAGAGUUAGAAAAGUCUUUGUCUCAUUACCAAAACCAAGUACAAAGAAUGGAAAAAGAAAACCAAUCAAUUCGUAAACACAUGGAUGAUUUAAGGAAAGAAAACACUGAUCUUUGUGAACGGCUAGAUGUUGAAAAGACUGAUGUAAAUCAUUUAGUAGAAAAUAAUGACAGUUUAAAGGAAACAGUUAAAGACCUUGAACAUGAGGUUCACAAUCUUCAUGAAAGAUUGAAAGAAGUGGUGUCAGGCCACAGCCUCAAAUCACCAACUGAUUCAGGUUCUCAGGAAUUUGUUCAUACAUUUAUUUUAGCUACAGCUGAAAUGAAUGAAGUAAAUGAUAGUUUAGUAAAAAUGAGAAAACAAUAUGAAUCUGUGAUUGCAAAUUGCAUAGGCGAUCAAAAGAAACAGCUAACAGCCAUAGCUGAACAAAUGGAACAUGUAAGUCAACAUUGUGAUAGUGUGUCAGACUUAUUAAAAGAUGGAGCAACAGUAGAAAGCUCUGGCGAAGUUAUACAAAAGCAAACUUCAUCUCAACUGAAGAGUUCAAAAGGCACUGAUGAUGAAUUGGAUACACUUAAAAAGAAGAAUAAAGAACUGCAAGAUGAGGCAGAUAAAUUAAAGAAAGAAGUUAAUGAUGUUUCUAGUAAAUAUAAUACUGUUAAAUCUGAAGAUGACAAACUAAAGGAUGAAAUGAAAUCUAUAGACAACAAGUACCAAAAUAAACUUGAAACACUGAGUAAAAGAAUAGAAACUGUUGCAACCAAAAACAAGGUAUCUGUUGAUAAACAAUCACUAAAAACCACAAAAUCAAAACCUAAGAGCAGGAAAUCAAAUGAUCCAUUGUCUCUUACUGAUGAAAUUCAAGAACAGUUGCAAGAGUUGGAAAAUAAAGUGGAAAUCGUUGAGAAAGUAUUAACAACUCAGGAUCUCAGCAUGUCUAGUGCAGAGGCCGAAAGUCAAGAAGAAACAGAUGACAGUGAGGCAGAAAAUGAGGAAUCUGAUGAUUAUCUCGAUUCUGAUACUGAAGAUAGUGAAUCGGAAUCAGACGCUGAAAGUACUGCUGCCGAGGAGUCGGAUGGAAUAUUAAGAAAGCUUAAAGAAAUGAAGAAACAACUGCAGACCACAAACAGUAGGAUAAAGGAGCUAACUGGUGAUAUAAAUGAGCUGGACUCAUCUGGUGUUGGAUCGGAAGCCGAAGCAGAGCUGAGACAGACUCUGUUGAGGUGUGGUGAAAAAAUGGGGAGUUUGACCACAAGAUUGUCUGAUGGUUUAAAGUCUGCUAAAACAGAGACUCCUAGGUUUUCAGAUAAUACUUGGGCAUUCCAAAAGUGUGUGAACAAAUUAAGAGACAAAGUGACUGAAGUUAGUAACAUGGUGCAUGAACAUGAUGAAAUAAAUGCCAAGGAAUUAAAGCUCGUGCAAGAAAAGGUUGGAUAUCUGGCUGAGUUUGUAAACCAGGUUGAUAGACUUGGAGAGAAUGAUUGGGAUAUUGCUGGUAAAAUAGCCAAACAGGAACUGAAAUUCCAACAUCUCCUUGCUCAUAAGGAGAAAGAAACCAGAAAGAUAACACUGAAAUACGAAGACAGGCUUCAGUUGUAUGCUGACAAACUUGCAUUUGAAGCCAUGAUCCUCGGCCAGAUGGCAAUUCUCAUCCAACGGCAACAGAUUGGAUCAGUCUACAAAGAUCCUCUGUUGAGAGAAAUUCAUGAAACAAAUCUACAAAUUCUUGAAUUAGAAAGAAGAAUAGACAGAGUUUCCAGAGAAACAAACCAGUCUGACUCUGAAACAGAUCUGGUUUCUUCCUAUGCCUCAAUGCUUGCUGAAAAGAUUGUUCUAGAAGGUCAACUAGCAUCGGGAGCUAUGGUUCAGGAUGUAGAAUGUCGGGAAAAUAUGGAGGUUCUCUCAGCCUUACAUGUAGAUGAAGCACCGGCAGUUCUUGCUACUGAGAUCUUCCUAAGGUCUCAGCUGGACUCCUCUGUGACAAGACAGUUACAAAAAUUUGCUGACAACAUGGACUCAGUGUCGAAUCAUAUUGUCACUAGGGCAGUAUUGCAAGGGGAAAUAACUCAAGCUUUGCAGCUUGUGAAGAGAAAGUUUAGGAAAGCAGAUGCGAGUGAAGAUUUAUCAUCAUUGAUAAAGAGGGAACGUUUGUUUGCAUUUUCUGAGCUUCAAAAUAGACAUAAAGCAAUUAUAGACUUAGUGAAUGAAAGUGAACCGAUUGUGAUGACCACAUUAAUUCAGUUGAUAGAAUUUUCACAAGGACCAAACUCGCCAACUCUUAACUCUGUCUGUGAUAAAAUCUCUAGUGUUGUUCAAACAAAGGUUGAUGAAUAUGAAAACAUGUUAGAAACUUCUGACUCGGAAACCAAGGUUAAAAUCAAGCACAUCAUCGCUCAUCUCCAUUCAGAAGUUGCUGAUGCCAUUUCAAUAUUCCGAGAGGAGCAUCAGUGUUAUGUUCAGACAGCAUCGCCAGACAUAAACCCCAAUGUGUUAAAGUAUUCAGCUGAUGCCUUGUCGACUGAUUUGGCUGGCAUGUUCAUUGAGAAAGCUGUGAUUGAUGGGACAUUUAACUAUGUAACUGAUCUGCAUGAAAGUGCGCCAGAAGUGAAAGUGAGUUUAAUGAUGGAGCCUAUCCAGCAGGCUGAUGGUCUCUCAGAUCUCUCUAAAAGUUUAGGACAAAUCCUGCUAACUGAGGCUGCUAAUAAACAAAAGUUUGCAGAGGAAGUGAGGCAUGUUGCUUCAGCCGAUGCUGAUACUGCAGCGAAGAGUAUGGCUGAGCUCGUGGGUGUUAUACCAGAUCUUGAGGCCUAUCCACAGUCAUUUGAUGACUACGCCACCACGCUGGUUCGUGAGGCCAUGUUCCAGUCGCAGCUGACGUACACCACUUACAAGCUGAAGUUGCAGUACCACAGGGAACUCAGGGAUAUACAACUGAAGAUGGAGUCUGGCGAAAAGGUUGUAUUGCCUUCUGAGAUCAGCAGAGAAGCAGAAAGUGAUAUCCAAGCAUCUCUUACCACUUUUGAAGAAAUUCUGAACACCAAAUACCAAGAUGAAUGCGCUGUGUUAAAACAGUUAGAGACAGAAAUCGCCAAUCUGAAAUCAGUCCCGUCUGAUAAAUCCUGUAGUAAAUGCAAGACAUUUGAAAGCAACCUGAAAGCAUUUGAAAAAUCAUUCCAGCAUGAAGUCUCAGUCACUCAAGAAAGGCAGAAUGUCCAUUUAGAUGUUCUAAGACAAGAAGUGAACAAUGUCCUUCUACGAGUGGACAAAUUCCUUGAAUCUCACGAAAAGGAAAGAGAAAGCAUGGUUAAUGACUAUGACGACAGGAUCGCUACACUACAGGAUGAGAUUGCACUGAUAAGCAUUGAUCAUGAACAGGAGUUGGAGCAGGUACGUCAGGACAUUAUGACUGCCGUGAGCGCGAUAAGAGCCACGGAGGAUGAGACCGACUCCGGCACCUUGGACACGAUCAAGAACCACAACAAUCAGCUGAUGAAGAUGUGCUCACUGUCAAAGGACCUGUUGACCGAGAUCAAGAGCACGCUAGGGCUGCACCAGGGUGAGAUCCUUACACAGAAGAUAGAGGGACAGCUCACUCAGAUCAUGGAGCUGGAAUCGGACCCAGACUUUAUCGUGGAGGUUCCCCUGUCCCCCAGCUCCCCCCUCUCUCCCAGUAGCCAGCAGCAACCCAUGGACCUCAUGCCUUCCCUCAAGCUGGAUCGCACCCUCAGUGCGGAACAAUCAGACGAGCAUGUGGACAAGUUAUUGGAGCGCUCCCAGCAUGAGCAUGAGAUGGAGCAGCUUAAACGGGAAAAAGAAAAGGCCCUCGCAGAGGAGGUCAAAACUACCAAGGCUGCCCUGGAUGCCAUGCGGAAGGCUUACGAGGAAGAGAUAGACCAGGAGAAGGAUAAAUACCGGAACGCUCUCAAGACCAUGUUUACAGACAACUACGUGGAGGAUAUUCGACGUAGACACGACAUUGAGACGGAGAAGCUAAGGGAGGACUUCAAGCAGGUUUCGAUGCACUAUGAGAGUAAGUGUGAGGACUACAAGCUGCUUGAAGACCGGCUCUCGCGUACCAAGUCCGAGUUCCAGACUCACAUUAACCAACUUGUUAAGAGCAAUGAGCACCUUACAGAGCUGGUGAACUCGGAGAUUGAGUCCCUGAAAUCGUUCAUCCAGAACCGCUCAAAGGGUCAGCUGACGGGAAACUCCACCCUUGAUGAGGAGCUGUAUGAUGCUCAGAUCAUGGUUCGAGUGAAGGACGCGGAGCUGCAGAAGCUGAGACAACAGUGCAAGAACCUGGAAAACAGCUUGGAGAGGAUGACCGAGGAGCAGCGCUACACAAUGACGCAGUAUCUGCAGUGUUUGAAGAAGAACCAGGAGAUACAAGCCAAGUUGAAGGAGGGAGUGUUCACGCGGGAACGUAAAGACAGCGCAGCCAGGGAGGACGACCUUGCCAAGAGUGCACGUGCACUCCGAAGAAACCCGUCGUUUCAUCAGCGAGCCCGAAGUCCAAGCCCAGAUAUGUCGCCAAGGAAGGACAACAACAGUACUGAGCACCACAGUCGUGAUUCACACAGGCGCAGUAGACUCAGUGCCAAAGAUCUGAAGAGAUCCAAGAGCAGCCCUUCUCUACCAUUUGUGUUUGAGUCUCCGACAGGGAAAGGUUCGAGGCGCAGCGAAGGGGCUCCAGGGGUCACUCGCAGGGAGUCUGGGAAAACCGUGAAAACAGUGAAAAAAUAGAUGUUUCUUUUUUCAGUUUAUAAACAAGUAUUAGAAACCCUGCUAGAUGGAUAUAUUGAAAAUGUUCUUUCACAUGGCUGGCUUUAUGGCAUUAUUUCUAGCAAAAUUGCAGAGAGAUCGUAAAAUUAUUGAUUAUGUUAAGCAUCCUGAAAACAAUUCUAAGUGUUCUGUUCUAAUGUAAGUGUUCUAAUCUUUGUACACGCUUUUCAGUUUGCCUUGAUUUGCUUUUUUGUUGAAGCUUCCUAGAACUUCCGUUUUCAAAAAAGCUUUUCAGUCAACACUCUUUCUUUUCUUUUCAUCCUUUCUAUUUUGAUUGUUUAGUUGUUUGUGUUUUGCUUUCGAACAAACUUAUCAUGAUAGAUAAGAGAUUUAAUAACAAAAAAGCUUUGUCUGGCAAUUGCACUGUAAGCGAUGUUUUGAAUAUGCAUUUUUUUUCAUACUGAGUUCAGGCUUUUAUUGAAAUGCAAAAAUGGCUAUCAUUUUGAAGGCUUAUUAGUUGUUAUCAGUGGUUGUAUUUAUUGCGUCAUAACCUAUGUGAAUAUACAAGCAAGCUUAUACAAUGCUUCUUUAAUCAUAUCAGAAUCAAAACCUGCCUGUUUUAAAGUUUAUUGAUUUAUUUUUUAUUUUAUCGGCUUAUUUUAUUAUUUAUACAUGUUUUUGUGCGUCCGUUUUUCUGCAUUCUUGUACAAUAUGUAAUUAGUAUUCUGCUAAAUGUUAUUGUACCAUAAAUAAAUGUAACUUCACUUUACCAUACAUGUAGCUACCUAAAUAAAUGUUACUUCACUUUACCAUACAUGUAGCUACCUAAAUAAAUGUAACUUCACUUUACCAUACAUGUAGCUACCUAAAUAAAUGUUACUCCAAUUUACUAUAGUUACCUUAAUAAACGUAACUUCAAUUUACUUAUCUAUUAAGUAAAUAAUAAGUUGACACGCUUCCUCAUUUUGUUGUUGUUUUCCAUGUUACGUUAUUUGUAACAAAAACUUUGAUACAAAGACACCAAUAAUUAAUGUAAUUUAUAUAGCUAGUUUACUACUGGUAAAGAUUUGAAGGUCCGCUUCAUCAAGAAUUCUAGAAGCCGUUUUCAACAGUACUACACUGUGAAUCUCUGCUUGGCAUGAAAACGGAUGCUUAGAUUUCUUGAUGAAACAGCCUCGAUGUGUAAGAUAUCAUUGCCUUAAAAUCUUGGGGCUGUUUCAUCACGAGAUUUUCAACAGUAGUACACUUACUCCACUGUAAAAAACCUCUCGUAUGAUUCUUAAUGAUAUUGCUUCCUCGAAGACUGAGUGACUCGGAUUCCAAAUUUAAAGAGAAGAUAUUCAGUUAUUUCAAAAUUUAAUUAACAUAUUCUUUUUAAAUUUGAAAAUAAUAUAUUUUCUUUUUCUUUUUCUGAUCAAUGUUUUUGGUACAUUUAAUAACAUUGUAUAAGAAGUAUUAUUUAACGUGUAUGUACAUUUUAAACAAUUUUCUUUAUGUUUUAACCAUACUAUUUAAAUAAUCGGGUAGAAAGAAGUCUUGCCUAUAUUGGGAUAUAAAGUCAGUGGCAUUGAUCUAUAAAUAGAUAAUAAUAUAAUUUACUUGAAAUAUAUUGUUAAGAAAUACACAUGUAUAUAGAUUGUUUAUUGUUUUAUACACUAAUAUUUACAUGAUGUUGUUAUGUUUGACUGACAAACUUGUGUACAUUAUUUGUUGUGUGAUCAAGAUUAUAUUUUGUCAUAUAUACACCAUCAUGAUGUUGAAUCAUUAUAUACUGAAAAUAAAUUAUACUCAUUA